AUGUAUGAAACUAAAUCGUCUUUGAGAUAUCCUUCAAAACAAAGUUUAUCCUAUGAAAAGGAAUUAUCAUCCACAAGUUUACAAAUAAAAAAAAAUAGAAAUGAAAUAAUAAAAAAUAAAGUUUAUUGUCCCAUCGAGCUAAAAAAUGUAUAUAAAUUAUUAGAGGAUAGCGACCAAUUAUUGAAAAACAAAAAUCUCAGUUUGGAAGAACUGACUGAGCAUAACAACAAAAUAGUUGAAUUCACAGAGUUGUGUGAAAAUUUCAAAGUUAAUACAAAUAAUCAAAAUAAAACAGAACUAAAUACAACAUAUAAUUCUAUAGAACAGAAUAUGCAAUAUUUAAAUAGGCAUAUAGAGACAGCUAAAAAAGAUAGUAUUUCUUUAAAAAAAAAAUUAAAAAAAUCGACAGAUCCAUUAUUUUAUUCUACACUAGAACAAAAAUAUAAACAAAUAUGUUUAGAUAUUGAAACCAAAAAAAAUGAAAUAAAAUUUUUAAAAGAUAUUAUAAGAAAAAAUGAAAGAUUACUAGAUUCGAAUAAAAAAAAACCAAAUAAAGUUGCUCUAGAAAAAGAGUAUAAAAAUUUGUUAGGACAACAAUCAAACUUAUGCUCUAGACUAAUACAACUCCAAAAUGGAAAUAAAUUAUAUGAAGAUAAUAUAUGCAAAAUAAAUGUACAACUUGACGAAAUUAAAAAAAAAAUGAACGAACUGAAAAUAGACAGAAUGAAAGAAAAUGAAAACCCAUUAGAAGAAUCCAAUAAUUUAUCUAAAGAUGUUUUAGAAAAAAGAAUAUUCACACUUAAUACUAAAAGAGAUGAACUUAAAAAAGAAAAAAAUAAUGUUAUAAAUAAUCUAACCACUAUAUUAACAAAAUUAAAAAAACAAAUAUCAAAUUUAGAAAGUGAAAAAAAUAAUUUAUUAAAUGAAGAAAAAAAUAAUUUAGAUAAAUAUCAAAUUUUAAAAAGAGCUAUAAAUACUAAAAUGAAUAAAACCGAAAACAAAAUUAAAAUAUUUAAAAAAAAAAAUAUUAUAGAAAAAAGAGAAGAUAAUAGUGAAUCUAUAAAAUCAGAAAUGACUCCACGAAAAGGUAAACCAAAUAAUUCAAAUGAAAAUGUUUCUGUAAAUGAAACAAAUUUUAUCGAAAAUUUGUUAGAUCAGGAAAAUAAUUCAUAUAAUUCUAAUGAGAACCAAAUGGCAUUUUCAAAAGACGAGGAUGAUAAGAAAGAAAAAAAUAAAUAUUUCAUUCCCGAAUUUGAAGAAGAAAUACUCUUAAAGCUUCAAGAAAAGGUGAACGAAAAAUUGGGGGAUAAUGAAAGUGAUAUAGACCUGAAUGAUACUCAUCCCGAAGAGGACAAUUUCAAUGAUGCAUAUUCAAAUCGAGGAAAUGCUAAUGACGUAAGUUCAAAUGAAAUAGAUGAAAUAUUAACACAAGUUGAUAAUUUUGAAAAUGUAGAUGCAGAAAAUAAGGGUCAAGAAUGUAAUGCCUCAGAUUUUUUGUCUAAAAAUUCGAGUAUGAACAAUAAAAUACAUAAUGAAUACCACGAUGAAGAACCAAAUGAGGCAGCAUCUUCUUUAUCCACUUCAAACAAUAGUGAUAUAAAUAAAAUAGACGAUGAAGAAAUUCAUCAAAAUAUCAAAGAACACGAAAAAGAAGAAUCAACUAAUAUGGAAAAUGAAGGAAAUAAUAUCUCCGAUGAAUCAGAUGUAAUUAUGAGUCUUCACCCUGAACCUAAAGCAUCAUCAUACAUAAGCAACGUCGAAGAUGUUGAAAAUGAUGCAUAUGUGGAUAUAGAUGUAGAAGAAUUAGAACAAAAUGAUAAAGCAGAAGUUUCGAUUGACGCCCCAGGAGAAAAUAAUGCAAACUCCGACCUUCAUCAGGGUGUUCAUGAAAAUGCGACUCCCCAUGAGGAAGGUGAGGAAGUUGUAGAGGCGGAGAAAAUUGUAGAGGGUGACGAGGCGACGACACAGUGA